AUGAAGAGCGCAAUCAACUUGGCUGGUCCAGCCGUCAAGAUCAUUGACCUCCCCAUUCCCGAGCCCAACGAUGAUCAGGUCGUAAUCAAGGUCGUUGUGUCUGGUUCCAACCCCAAGGACUGGAAAGUGCCUGAUAUUGCCGCCGUUGACGGACAUCCAUUCUUCGAGCGAUACUCGCAAGUCCGGGAGGGCGUCAACCAGGGCGAUGAUAUCGCAGGUAUCGUCGAGAAAGUGGGCAAGAACGUGGUCGAGUUCAAGCCUGGUGACCGGGUUGCGGCGUUCCAUGAAAUGCUUGCCCCUGGCGGUUCGUACGCGGAGUACGCUUUGGCAUGGAGUCACACAACCUUCCACCUGCCAAAGGAGACAUCCUUUGAGGAAGCUGCGACUAUACCACUCGCAGGGUUGACAGCUGUCGUUGCGCUUUAUCACCACUUGGCGCUGCCCUUCCCCUGGGCACCAGCAAAGAAUGCCACCCCCCUCAUUGUGUAUGGUGCUAGCACGGCUGUUGGUGCAUUUGCUAUCAAGCUCGCACAGAAGAGCAACAUCCAUCCCAUCAUUGGUGUGGCUGGUAGAGGAGCACACUACGCUCAGCAGUUCCUUGAUUCGAGCAAAGGUGACUGCAUUGUCGACUAUCGCAAUGGGCCCGAAGAGACCAUCCAGGACAUCCGGAAGGCUGCUGGAGGGGCGGAGAUCCGACAUGCACUGGACACCAUCGUUCUGGAGGAGAGCACCCAUGUGUUAAGAUCUGUUGUCACUUCCGGAGGCAAUGUCAACCACGUUCUGGCCAGCCCCCCAGACCUGUCUCCUGCCGUUGCAACCAAUACCUGGGUCAGCUCGGCUCACCAGGAGGGAGGGGCUGACGACUGCCGGGACCUGUGUUUCUUGUUCUGCCGCUGGAUUGGUCGGGGCCUGCAACAGAGAACAUUCUCAGGACAUCCGUUUGAAGUGAGAUCCGGUGGCCUAGAGGGAGUUCAGGAUGCACUAAAGGACCUGAAGGAGAACAAGGCUAGCGCCGUCAAGUAUGUCUUCCGCAUUGCUGACACGCCGGGUCUUCCGUGA